AUGAGUGGUAAAUUUGUAAGAGCAUCCAAGUUUCGUCACGUCUUUGGACAAGCAGCAAAGAAGGAGCUUUGCUAUGAAAAUUUGAAAAUUACCAAGAACGCCUGGGAUUCCAAUAUCAUCCAAUCUAAUGGAAAGUACUUGAGUGUGACCUGGGAUCUGUCCGGUGGUGGUGCAUUUGCCGUUAUACCUAUUGAUGAGGUUGGGAAGGCUCCAGAUCAAGUUCCACUUUUCCGUGGACACAAGGGCCCUGUGUUGGAUACUGCAUUUGACCCAUUCAACCUGGAACAUGUAGCUUCAUGCAGUGACGACGGGAAGAUCAAUAUUUGGAAAAUUCCAACAGAAGAGGGUUACUCAUUCCAUAAGUUCGUGAACGAUAACGAUGAAAUCAAGGACAUUGUAGAACCAAUUCAAGUUUUACUGGGACACACAAGAAAGGUUGGUAAGAUCUUAUAUCAUCCAACUGCCCAAAACAUAUUAGUUUCAAGUUCCUUAGAUUACAGCGUUAAGGUUUGGAAUUUAGAAACUGGUAAAGAUGUUAUUACAUUACAACAUAAGGAUUUAGUGACCAGUUUCAGUUUCAAUUAUGAUGGACUGCUCUUAGCCACCACUUCCAGAGACAAAAUAUUAAGGAUUUGGGAUAUCAGAUCAGGUAAGGUUAUUUCUGAAGGACCUGGGCACACUGGUGCCAAGCCAUCAAGAAUUUGUUGGUUAGGAAAUACUGAUAGAAUUUUAACUACUGGAUUCUCGAGACUUUCUGACAGACAAAUCGGUAUUUGGAAUGUAAAGGAUAUAAGCGCAGGACCAAUUGAUGGAUUCAUUGUAAUUGAUUCGAGCCUGGGUGUUUUAAUCCCCUUUUAUGAUGAACUGACCUCAAUUUUGUAUUUGGCUGGUAAGGGAGAUGGUAACAUUCGUUACUACGAAUAUGAACUGGAGACUGAUGAAUUAUACGAAAUCAGUCAGUAUCUGAGUGUCGACCCUCAGAGAGGAUUCGCAGCAUCUCCUAAGUAUGCAGUAAAUGUGAAAGAAAAUGAAGUUUUGAAGUGUUUCAAGACUCUUAAAGAUAGUUGUAUCGAACCAAUUAGUUUUACGGUUCCAAGAAGAAGCGAAUUAUUUCAAGUUGACAUUUACCCUGAUUGCCCUCUGUACGAACCAGCUUUGAGUGCCGAGAAGUGGUUAAGUGGUUCCGACUGUAAUGGACCAAAGUUAAUGAGUAUGGAAGAAUUGUACGAGGGUAACUCACCUCCAGUCUUCAAGGACCUGGCUCCAAGAGCUGCAGCCCCUAAAAAGGAAGCAGAAACCAAAACUACUGAAUCACCAAAGGCUGCUUCGCUGGCUGUAGAGAGUCCAAAGGUAACUGAAACUCGUGAACAAGCAGAAGAACUUAAGCCAGUUGAUGAAGUGUUGAAAUCUUCACUGCUGGUAAACGCAAUGCUUGAAAAGGCAAACGACGUUUCUGAAAAUGAGGACAAAGACGAUGGUGACGAUUGGGAAGAAGUUCAACCAAUUGAAAAAGAAGCACCUGCAAUUGUAACUCCUAAAGCUGCAACCCCCGAAGUUGAAACUCCAAAGGUUGAGACUCCUAAAGCUGCAACUCCUAAAGCUGCAACACCUAAAGUUGAAACACCCAAAGUGGAAACUCCAAAAUCUGAAGUUUCUCCUUCAAAGCCUGCUGUUGCAGAACCAGCAGCUCCCACCCCAGCUGCUACCAAAACAGCAGGUGCUCCAACUCUUAAAAACAUGGUAGAGAAGCUUCACACUCUUAUUGAGAAACUUGAAAACCAAGUCACCACUUUGACCGAAGCCGGCUUGGAAAAGGACGAAAGGUUACACCGUUUGGAAGGUAAGAUUGAAGAAUUACUCAAGAAGUAA